CCUGGGCCCUGCAGCUGAACUUCCUUCAAGGAUUGGAGUUCUUUCUUCAAUCAUUGAUUUCUUAGACGACACUUCAGAAUGUCCAACAAAGUGAGGAGGAUGCUGGUUCUUCUGCUGAUCAUCCUGAAGGAAGCUGGCCCGACCGCAGCCUGCAGCAGCAGCUGUUCAUCAGUCUGUGGCUGCAGAGGCAGAGGCCUCACCAGUGUUCCUCAGGACCUGCCUACAGACAUCACUCAGCUUGACUUGGGGCUCAACGACCUUACAACAUUAAAUCAGUCUGAUUUCUCAAGGUAUAGGAGCUUGACAACAUUAGAUCUUGGUUUCAAUCAGAUCUCCAUGAUCCAUAACAAAACAUUCCACAACUUAACAGACCUAACUAGACUGGACCUUAAUAAUAAUCAAUUGACCAAUCUAACAGCCGGCAUGUUUGUGGGACUUGGUCACCUCCGGUACUUAUGGAUUCAAAAUAACCAGUUAACCUGGCUCCCAGCUCACACAUUUGUGGGACUUGGUAAUCUGUGGCGCUUGUCUCUUUCCUCCAACCAGUUAACCCAUCUUUCAGCUAGCACAUUUGUGGGACUUGGUUCACUGGAGGUCUUGUAUCUUUCCAGGAACAAGUUAACUAGUCUGACAGCUGACACAUUUGUGGGACUUGGUAAUCUGCAGGAAUUGAAUCUUCCAUUUAACCAGUUAACUACUUUGCCAGUUGACAUAUUUGUGGGACUUGGAAACUUAGAGUGGCUUCGCCUUAGCAGAAAUAACAUCCACAGUAUUGAGGCAGGCACCUUCAAUCACACAACAAAGCUACGUAUACUACAGCUUCAUCACAACAACAUCAGCACCAUCACAGCCGACACAUUAGGGAAUCUACGUCAGCUUCAAACACUGAAACUUUCUCAUAAUAACAUCAACACUUUCCCUGUAGAGGCCUUAUUAAGCUUAAAUAUUUCAGCACUGUCAGAGCUUACAUUAGAUUAUAAUCAAUUUAAGACACUAACAGUCAUGGCAUAUGACAUACUGACCUCCAUAUCAAAAGUUAACAUUAACAACAAUCCCUGGCAGUGUGACUGUAGGAUGGUUGACUUUAGACAGAGGAUGAACGGGUCUUACCAAUUUGAAAACAAAACCAGAUGUGCCGGACCUGCUAGCCUUACAGGGCAACUCUUACUGUAUGUAAAUCCUGAAGACUUGAUCUGUGAGACGACACCAGUCUACUCCACUUCUAGCACUAAACACAUGGUUGACUCUACUGACCCUCCACUUGCUUCGACUGUGACAUUAACACUAACUGAGAGCAAUACUGACCCUGCUGACGGUGGCACUGUCCUGACUGUGCCCUUGCUUGCUACUUUGGGAGCUAUUCUUGGACUAUCCAUUAUUUGCAUUAUCGGCUUUGCAGUAGGGUGCAUGUAUAAGAGGAGGCAAAGGGAUCCUACUCCUCAGCAAGGCUUUAGUAACACAAAUUCCACAUCCAGUGAUCAUGACCAGAUAAGGCAGCAAACAUUUACAACAAAUGCAGAGGUAAACACUCAAUCUGGUACACCACAUUCAGAUACAGAAGACAGCCAGCAUAUCUAUAACCUCCCAACAGAUGAGGACCCUGAUACAGCAGAAUAUGACACCAUAGGUGAAGUCAAUCAGUCAGAGAGUAAGUAUCGUGUUGUUAGUCCGUCACAAACAUCACAGCCAGGCUCAGGGCAAAUUCAGCAUCUCGGCAGCUUUAACGAUGGUUACGAGGUUCCAUCUCCCUUCCUGUACCCUGGAGAAGGUCCACAGUCCCACAAAUAUGUGAACAGCCAUGUGACAGCAGAUGCCAUAAAUGCUGCAUUUGGUUCACAUCAUAUGGUAUAUGAGAAUGACAAUGAGAUAGAAUCUGCUAAAGAAGACCUACAGUCCCACAAAUAUGUGAACAGCCACAUGGCAGCAGCUGCCAAAGAUGCUGCAGCUGGUCCAAAAGUCAUGGUACAUGUAUAUGAGAAUGACCUGGAGAAUGAGGAUGAGAUAGAAUCUACAAACAAACAUCUAAAGUCCCACAAAUAUGUGAACAGCCAUGUGGCAGCAGCUGCUAUAAAAGAUGCUGCAGCUGGUCCGCAGCUUAUGGUUUAUGAGAAUGAUGAUGAGGUAGAAUCUGCAAAGGAAGAUCCACAGUCCCACAAAUAUGUGAACAGCCAGGUGACAGCAGAUGCCAUAAAUGCUGCAUUUGGUUCACAUCAUAUGGUAUAUGAGAAUGACAAUGAGAUAGAAUCUGCUAAUAAAAUUAAAGAAGACCUACAGUCCCACAAAUAUGUGAACAGCCAUGUGGCAGCAGCUGCUAAAGAUGCUGCAGCUGGUCCACAGGAUGUGAUGUAUAGCUAUGAGAAUGAUUAGAGGGGUAAGGCAUAGAAUGAUCAAUCUACAAAUGAAGCUCCGUAGGUCAUAGUGUAUGAGAAUGAUGAAGAGUUAGUUGAUAACCAAUCACAGACAGCAGCUGCCCCUGGUGCUGACAGCCCUCACCACUAUGAACCCCUGAGGAACCCCAGCAGUCAGCAGCAGCACACAUACACAUCCCUGAUGCCUCAUGGUUCACACCAUCAGUAAAAGUAGCAUGGCAAGCCCUUUGUAAUAUCCACAGGC